CGUUGAAUCUCCGGGCGUACUCGACACGGCUACAGCGGAUCGCCAUGGACUUUGACAAGAUUUUGGCGAAGUGCGGCGACUCGGGCCGUUAUCAGUAUCUCAUACUGGGCCUACUUGGCUAUAUUGCGUUCACCAGCACUCUCCACUACUACUCCCAGAACAUAAUUAGCUUUGUGCCCGAGCACUGGUGCCAUCAUCCGCUGUUGGAGAAUCGUAGCUAUGCGCAAAUCGAGGCUAUAUACAAACCGUUUGGCAAACUUGCCUCUUGCACACGUCUGGAUGCCAUCGAGGGCGAUAAUGUAACUGUGAGCAGCGAGCGAUGCGCCAAAUGGAUUUACAAAUAUGACUACGGCUUUAGGAGCAUUAAUGCGGAGAUGAACUGGGUGUGCGAUGAUGCCUAUAAGGCGCGCAUUGGUCAGUCGUUGUUCUUUGUGGGCUCGCUGCUGGGCACCCUGACCUUUGGCCUGCUGGGCGACAGACUGGGCCGUGUGCCGACCCUGAUAUUGGCCAACCAAUGCGGCUUUAUUGGCGACUUCUGCACCAGCUACGCUGCCAACUUGACGCAGUUCGCCGUUUGCCGAUUCAUAUCGGGCUGGUCGGCCGAUGCCAACUUCUAUCUGAUGUUUAUACUGGUGCUUGAAUAUCUGUCGCCGCGAAUGCGCAACAUACACUUCAACAUCACGUUGGGCGUUUCCAAUUGUUUGGGCUCGUUGGCAGCCUCCUGGCUGGCCGUCUUGGCUGGCAAUUGGCGCAUCUACUUGACCUUUAUGUCGUUGAGUCUGCUGGCGGUGGCCCUCUUCUACUUUGUGGUCCAGGAAAGCGCCCAGUGGCUGAUCACGCGCAAUGAUGCCGACAGCGCCAUCGCCAGGCUUAAGUACAUAGCGCACUUCAAUGGACGGCAGGUGCCGGCAGCCGACUUUGAUGCCUUUCGGAGCCACUGUGCCGAGAAGCGACAGCAUGUGGAGCAGCAGCCAACUGCCCGGCUGCUGGACAUACUUCGAACGCCACGCCUACGACGCACCGCCCUCAUCGUGGGAUUCAUGUUCAUGCUGAACGUUCUGGUCUUCAACACCAUUACGCGAAACGUGGAGGGCUUGGGUCUGUCGCCAUUUGUGGUCUUCUCCCUUUUCGGCCUCGUUAUACCGAUAGCGGGAGUGCUGCAGGCCCAUAUGCAGACUCGAUUGGGUCGCAAGGCUACUGUGAUCUUGGCCAUGUUGGCUACUGGCUUGCUCUGCUGCGCCAUGGCCGUGGCGCUGUCUGUGGAGCAGUGGCAGGGCCAGUUCGUGCUCUUCCUGGCGCUGACGCUGCCCAUGCGUUUGGGCAGCUCCAUGUGCUAUACCUGCGCCUCGCUCUACUCCUCGGAGCUCAUACCCACCUGUGUGCGGUCGCGUGGUCUGGCUGCUGCCCAUGUGGCGGGCGCUGGGAUCUCAUUUCUGUCGCCAUAUCUCAUACACAUGGGCGUGAAGUUUGCGGCCGGACCAUCGCUGAUAUUGGCCGUGGUACUGAUGGUGUGUGCCUUGGCAACGCUCCGCCUGCCAGAGACACUGAACAGACAGCUGCCUAUUACGUUGGCAGAUGGCGAGGCAUUUGGUCGAGGCGAGUCGAUGUUGUCUUUCGAGUGCUGGAGACGCCCAGCGGAUGAGGAGGAGACCAAGAGCACACAUUCCAUCGAAGAACUGGAGCUCAUGCAGUCCAAGACAAAGCCUUUAGAAACUUAGAAAGUUUUGCUGAAAGACAGAAAAUUCUAGCACGUCCUUGUGGGAAAAAAAAAAACAACAACAAGGUUUUGUUUGUUCUUAGUUCCGAAAGUAGUCAAUAGAUGUGAAAUUUGCUUUUAUUUGA